AUGGCACAGAAUCCAACUAAGAUGGAAUCGAUUUGCACUUCUUUGCAAUCUUCACAGUCACAUUCACCAAUUAGUUCAUACGCUGCUUCUGCGGUCAAUAGUGGGUCUGUGACGAGGUCCCAUUCAAUCGUUCAGCAACCACCUCCCGGGUAUACAAUCGGAAUUGCUUCUACGGGGACCUGUGGUGGGCCUGAGAACGAUCUUCGCAACUUGUGGAGUCGGCGGCGAAAGAUCGAUGGUGCGUUAAAUCGAGUCCCACCAGGCUUCUUUCAGAGCGUAUACGCCAUCUUAGAGCGCGUACAGGGUCUUCGAAUAGGAGAGCACGUGCUUAGUCAAAAUUUGACUAAGGAGGUCAGUACUGUGUGCUUAUAA